AAUGGAUGGCUCUUUAAAUAUUGACAUGUCGUCACAGAUUGGUCAUUGGAAGUAUACCCCGGCAGGCAUGUAGCUUUCCUGCGCACCUGCAGGGGACAGUGCCGUCGGGUCUCUGUCCGUGGUGCUGAAUAGCAUUUUCGACUUUGUCCGGGUGCAGCAAGGCUCAGCGGUCCUGGGGCUCGUCCGUGGACUCUGCCAGUUAAAUUGAGUUUUGUGUUCUGGUUCUCUGCUGCCGUUGUGUAGGACAACGUUACAGAAAGACCGCCCGCCUGCCUUGAUAUGUCAAGGCGGAGGGGGAGGGGAGGACUGCAUUGAGAGUAAGGCAAAAAAUGAUUACAAAGAUAGAUGACAAGAAAUCUCAUCCAUUAAAAGUCUGUGAAAAGAUGAGUCAAGAAACAGAGACAAGAACACGAGCUCGUUCUAAAGCCAUCCAGGUAGAACAAGUUGGACAAGCAAUGAAGCUGGAAAUAAGCAGCUGUCCCACUCCUGGAUGUGAUGGCAAAGGUCAUGUCAGUGGGAGAUAUUCAAGACAUAGAAGUGCCCUGGGCUGCCCAAUUGUAAAGAAAAGAAAGCUUCAGGAGGCUGAGGCUGAGGAGAACCCAUUGUCUCCCAGGAAGAGGAUGCAACCUAAUAAACAGGCAGAUGAAGACAGUGUAAUGGCAGAAGAGGAGGAACAGAAAGUGGAUGAUAGAGAGGAAAAAGAUGUCAUCAAAGACAAAAACAAAAAACUGGCAAAAAGUGGGAUAGAAAAGGCAGAAAGCUCCCUGGUGGCCACAGAUUUCUCAAAAAAACCUUGCCUUCUACAUUGCACUGACAACAGCAGAAGCAUCAUCUCAGAGACUGAAGACAAAGUGGAGACAGAAAACUUUAGCGAGGAGUUAACUUGUGUAAUAGUCACAGAAGAUGGGGAUGUUCAUUCAGCAACUACGUACCUACCACCAGAGCUCCCAGAGGAAGACACGGUUGUCUCUCACAACGAAGAGACAGAAGGUGAUGAAGAAGAUGAAGCAGAAAAAUCAAACCUAGAAGAGGAGCAACAGGAAAUACAGGAGAAUGUUGUAGAAGAGAGAGAGAUAAGAAGACAGAUGAUGAGGCAGGAAAAUUCUGAUCACCAGUACUCAAGUGGAGAUUACAAAAAUCAGCCAGUAGAGGAGGAGGAACCAGAGGAAGAAAUCAACGGAACAGUGAGAGAGGUUGAGACAGUUUUUGGUCAGGGAUCUGAAGCCACCGUGUCACUCAGGGAACAAAAGGUCAACAUCCUCAGGACUGAGGAGAAGGUAGAAGAAGCAUCAGAGAAUAAGGCCCAAAGCUACAAAGCUGUUGAGGUAGUGCACAAAGAAGAAGAAGAAAAAGAAGAAGAGGAUGAAGAGGAUGUAAAUUCAAGCAAAGGCUCUCCAAGCACAGUGAUCAUUGAAGUCCGCUCAGAGGAGGAGGAGGAGGAGGAAGAUGAUGAGGAAGAAGGGGAUGAGGAAGAUGAUGAGGAACUGGCGGGGGAAGAGGAGGAAGAUAGAGGAGAGGAGUUGGAGCGUAUCUCUGAGGGUUCGGGAGUCACAGAUGACUCUGAAAAUUGGGACAUGACUCGAGGAAAUCUGAUACUUCUGGAGCAGGCCAUUGCUUUGAAGGCAGAGGAGGUCCAGGGAGAACAGGAGAGCAGUAGUUCUCUUGACUACCAACCAUGCAACACAUCCAUGACAAACUCUGAGGGUGCAGCUGUAGUCAGCCGCUCCACUCACUGCAGCAAAGAAAAAAAGGAAGUAAAGUGUCCAACUCCAGGGUGUGAUGGGACAGGUCACAUUACUGGCUUAUACCCUCACCACCGCAGUCUGUCCGGAUGUCCUCACAAAGACAGAAUACCACCAGAGAUUUUGGCCAUGCAUGAAAAUGUCUUGAAGUGUCCCACUCCUGGCUGCACCGGCCAAGGUCAUGUGAACAGUAACCGCAACACACACCGCAGCUUGUCCGGCUGCCCUAUAGCAGCAGCAGCUAAGCUAAGCAAGACCCAGGACAAACAGAUUAAUCUACAAGCUUCAGCCAGUGAACCAACUUCCAACUCUGACAGAGUGCUAAGACCAAUGUGUUUUGUGAAACAGCUGGAGAUCCCUCAGUAUGGCAGCUACCGGCCCAACACAGUGACCACCACACCUCGAGCUAACCUUGCCAAGGAGUUAGAGAAAUACUCCAAGGUUUCUUUUGACUAUGCAAGCUUUGAUGUCCAGGUGUUUGGAAAGCGUAUGAUUAUUCCAAAGACACCUGCCAUCACUGACACAUCCCCCAAAGCUUUCAAAUCUAAACCAUUCCCCAAGGCAUCCUCCCCAAGCCAUAGUACAUCAGGAAGUUUUGCGAAGAACACCCCAUCCUCUAGUGGUUAUGACUAUAGCCAGGAUGCAGAGGCAGCCCACAUGGCAGCAACAGCAAUCCUGAACCUGUCCACCCGCUGCUGGGAGAGACCAGAAACCUGCAGCACUAAACCCAUGGAGCCUUGUACCAGGGAGGUGGCAAUUGAGGUGGAUGAGAAUGGCACCUUAGACCUCAGCAUGAAAAAGAACAAGAGAGAGGACACAUUGUCUCCAGAACCUUCAUGUUCUCUGCCUUCCUCCUCUCAACUUGUGGGUGCCCUGUCUCAGGACCACUCUCAGUCAGAUUGGGAUGGUCCACUAGAUUACACCAAACCGAGUGAAGUGAAGGAGGAAGACCAUGAAGAGGUUAAAUACGCAGCUUCUUCAUAUACAUCUUCUGAAGAUGAGGAAGAGAACCAAGAAAACCCAGGAGACCGGAGUUACCCUGGUGAAGUCACUACUGGCAGCUUUAAGGUCAAGUUUCAGCCCAAAGACAACAAAAAAGAAGUUAUUGUAUGUCCAACACCAGGCUGUGAUGGCAGUGGGCACAUUACUGGCAAUUACGCAUCACAUCGAAGUCUGUCAGGCUGUCCUCUUGCUGAUAAAUCACUUCGGACCCUCAUGGCUGCCAACACAGCUGAACUGAAGUGUCCUACUCAAGGCUGUGAUGGAUCGGGUCACAUCACUGGAAACUAUGCUUCACACAGAAGUUUGUCUGGAUGCCCGCGGGCCAAGAAAGGAGGUGUCAAAUCAGCACCUUCAAAGGAUGACAAGGAAGAGUCUGAGCUCCUGAGGUGUCCAGUUCCUGGCUGUGACAGUCUUGGCCACAUCAGUGGGAAGUAUGCUACCCACCGCAGUGCCUACGGCUGCCCACUUGCAGCAAAGCGCCAGAGGGAAGGUCUUCUUAAUGGCACUCCUUUCUCCUGGAAGACCUUUAAAACCGAAGGGCCAACCUGCCCAACACCAGGAUGUGAUGGUUCUGGUCAUGCAAAUGGCAGUUUCUUGACACACCGGAGUCUGUCAGGAUGUCCGAGAGCUCCAGCCAACAAGAAGAAAGCCAAGCUUCCUGGAGACGAAUAUAUUACAGCUAAGUUCAGAGCAAGUGAUGUUCUGGAUAAUGAUGAAGAUAUUAAGCAGCUGAACAAGGACAUCAGUGAGCUGAAUGAGUCCAACACUGACAUGGAGGCAGAUAUGAUGAAUUUGCAAACUCAGAUUUCUUCAAUGGAGAAGAACCUAAAGACCAUGGAAGAAGAAAAUAAACAGAUUGAGGAGAGAAAUGAAGCCUUGUUCUUGGAGCUAUCUAGUUUGAGUCAAGUUUUAAUUCGCAGCCUAGCCAACAUCCAUCUGCCUACCAUGGAACCUGUGACAGAGCAGAACUUCAAUAAUUAUGUGGAAACUCUGAUGUACUUGUUUACCAAUAAAGACUGCUACCAAAAUCCUGAUACCCGUGCUCUACUGGAGUCCAUUAGUCAAGCUGUAAAAGGCAUUGAGGUUUGAUGGAAGAUGACAACGAAAGAAGCAGCAGCCGCAUUUCCUCUAUGUCCUUUACAUAUUGUAUGGGAUCAUUGUUUCUGUUCAUUUAUUUAUUAGCAGUAAUCUCCAUUAGUUUUUUUAGCAUGUUGUUGGAUAACAUAUGAGCCAGAACAGAUGUCUGCAUGUCAAGUGUGGUAGCACACUGGCAUCCAAAGGUUACUUUAAGUCAGAUAUUACCAGGAAAUUAGUGCAGAACAAAUUAAAAAUUGCAGAAAACAUCUUGAGUUUAAGUGACUUUUUAUUAUAAACAUAUCCCAAUAAAUCUGAUAGUAGAUUAUCAUAGUGUUCUUGUACCUCGGAUACCUAGUUUGUAGGUUUAUUUUACUAUUGUUGUGUAACUAUGUGUCCAGUGCAAUUUUUAGUUGAAUAACUAACUCAUAUCUGCUGCAUUUUUUGCUAUUUAUUAUCUGUUUUGUAAGUUAUUUCUAAACCCAAAUUAAAAAGAUUAAACACAAUAAUAAAGAUAAAGGGGUUAUUUCCUUCACUGCUGAACAGAGGAAAUAUGUUAAGAUAUCAACUAUGAAUUAUUUUCUAUACCUUAUUGUUUACUGUAUGUACUAGGAUCUUUUUAUGUGCAAAGGUUUUGUAACUAAAGGUUUUUAAAUAAUUUUGUAAAGAUUUUUGUGUUUCUGUUUAUAUACUUUUAUUUGUUUCGCCCAAAACUAUUUUCAAUAUACUACUACACAGUAUAGGAAAGGAGGCUGAGCUGUGCAUAUUUGGUAUUUAUUUGAUGAUUAAAACAAAGUGAUGGUGAAUAUUUAUUUUUUAUUGUCUAUGUGCUAAUGAUGGUUGUAAAUGGAUCAGUCUUUAUGUUUAUCUUGAAAUAAAAGUGAAGCUACCCUAA